AUGUUAAACCCUGUUACACUCACCUUUUUGGCGUUCAUAACAUUGUAUUCUGUCCUUCCCGUCGCUGGCCAUGGCUAUGUGACUACACCUCCAAGUCGUCAAGCUCGUUGCCACGCGGGCGAAAUACAAAACUGUGGCAUCGUCCAAUGGGAGCCGCAGAGCGUCGAAGCGCCAGCGGGAUCCUUCCUCUGCAACGGGGGCGGCCAUCGCUUCACCGAGCUCAACGACGAGUCUCUGUUUGCUGAUCAUUUCGAAGUUGUACCUAGAAGCACAGAGUCGCUCACUUUUACGUGGAAGCUUACCGCGCCACAUAGGACACGGUCGUGGGAGUACUUCCUAAUCACAAGUGGCGAAACAAUGCUGUAUUACGAGGCAGGACACGGCGUUGUGCCACCCGAAGUUGUCACGCACAAGGUUCCGGUUCAGGGCCUUGUGGGGAGGCACACUGUCCUUGGGCGCUGGACUAUUGCGGAUACGACGGAAGCAGCGUAUGCGUGUGUUGAUCUUUUUUUGGGAGGGCAAGAGACGGAGACUGAGGCUGCGGCUGCGGCUGCUACGCAGGUGCCGGUUGGCAUGCCGUAUGAGCUUCAGGAUCUAUUGGGAAAUCAGGCUGCGGCUAACAGUUCGGAAGCCCCUGUGGCGGAAUCGAGCGGUGGCGCUCACAAGGCCGUUCACAAUCUCAUGUACGUGCAAGACGUCCAGUCGUGA